AUGGGCAAAGCCGGAAAUCAAAAGGCUGGCACGGCUGGGUUCGAGUCAAAAAAGCCAUGGAAGCCAAAAGUCGCCUCCGUUCAUGUGGCCACUGCACCUGCCUGGAACUGCCCUGCUCAUUGUCAAUCAGCCUUGCUACCUUCACGUUCAAUUUCCAACGACGAACAAACCUACAAAUUCUUCCACCACACCUUUUCCUAUAGCUAUUCUCCAGUCCAGUCACCAAAGCGCACUCCUUGCGAUCGCCUUCUCGUGAAUACUCCACAAUCCCCUCACGCAGUCAAGAUGUCUGACGACGAGGACUUCAUGCAGGAGUCUGAUGAGGAGCAGUACGACUUUGAGUACGAGGAAGACGACGAUGAGGACUCCGGAGAUGUCGGCAUCGAGAACAAAUACUACAAUGCGAAGCAACUUAAGCUUACCGAUCCCGAGGAUGCUAUUGCCGAAUUCUUGGGCAUACCACCGUUAGAGGAGGAAAAGGGCGAAUGGGGCUUCAAAGGCUUGAAACAAGCCAUCAAACUCGAGUUCAAGCUGGGACAGUAUGAGAAGGCGACGGAACAUUAUGCCGAGUUGUUGACCUACGUCAAGUCGGCCGUGACAAGGAAUUACUCCGAGAAGUCGAUCAAUAACAUGCUGGACUACAUUGAGAAGGGAUCAGACAGCCCCAAGGCCGUGGCGUGCGUCGAGAAGUUCUACUCGCUCACACUCGAGAGCUUCCAGAGCACAAACAACGAGAGGCUAUGGCUGAAGACGAACAUCAAGCUGGCCAAACUCCUCCUCGACCGCAAGGACUACAACACGGUCACUAAGAAGCUGAGGGACCUCCAUAAGGCUUGUCAGAAGGAAGACGGCAGUGACGAUCCCAGCAAGGGCACAUAUUCUAUGGAGAUAUACGCCCUCGAGAUCCAGAUGCACGCCGAGACCAAGAACAACAAGCAGCUGAAGAGACUCUACCAGCGCGCCCUCAAGGUCCGGUCCGCUGUACCUCACCCCAAAAUUAUGGGCAUCAUUCGCGAAUGCGGUGGCAAGAUGCACAUGAGCGAGGAGAAUUGGGCCGAAGCCCAGACGGACUUCUUCGAAUCCUUCCGCAACUACGAUGAGGCCGGCUCGCUCCAGCGAAUUCAGGUGCUCAAGUACCUACUUCUUACGACUAUGCUUGUCAAGUCUACCAUCAACCCGUUCGACUCGCAGGAGACCAAGCCGUACAAGCAGGAUCCCCGAAUCACUGCCAUGACCGACUUGGUGGACGCGUACCAGCGUGACGACGUCCACGCCUACGAAAAUGUCCUGCAGAAGAACCAAGACAUUCUCGCCGACCCAUUCAUCGCUGAGAACAUUGACGAAGUCACGCGCAACAUGAGGACGAAGGGCGUCCUGAAGCUGAUUGCACCGUACACACGAAUGAAGCUGUCAUGGAUCGCGAAGCAACUAAAGAUCUCAGAGCCCGAAGUUCAAGACAUCCUCGGUUUCCUCAUUGUUGACGGCAAGAUCCAGGGCAAGAUUGACCAGCAAGCCGGCACUCUCGAGAUUCAAUCGGACGCGGACAGCGAUCGUACCAAGGCUUUGUACGAACUGACGCAAUCUGUCUCGAAUUUGUACACUACCAUGUUCAAGGAGGGCGAAGGCUUCCGAUCUACCGAGUUCCCUACCGAUGAGCAGACCAUGGAGAUGAUGGGCGGCGGUAUGACCCCAAGAGGCGGCGGUCGUGGACAGCCGCGGGGCGUCGGACGGAAGGGUAAGGGCGUGCUGCUCGAUCAGAUACGUCACAGCAGGGAUGGGGACGGAAGUGCUCAGACGAAGAAGGAAGACGAUGCCAUGGCGGCCUCGACAAGCAUAGGAAAGGACACGCCGAACAACCGACGCAAAGUAUGGAUGCAGCUUCCCGCUGCGGGUGGCUCAAUUCAAAGAGCUUCCAAGAUCUCGUGGAACGCUGAGGACAACACUAGCACACUAGAUACGUAUGUUGAUUCAUCACCUCGUCGGACUCGUAGAUCCCGUGGAGGCAACCGAAGAAACCGAAAAUACGAAGAGCCGGACACGCCUAAGGAAUCUCCCAAUUCGAUGUCCCUCAACGCUAACCUCGGAUCUAUCAUCCAGCCUUUGGGCUUCGUUCCGGAAUCUCAGUUCCGGAAAUCUCAUUUGUCCAUAGGAACCGGAAUACGACCAUCAAUCUCCCCCGCGACACAAUGGAGGGGCAUCGAGCUGACCAAACAGCAGGGGAAAAAAGAGUUUGGACACGCAGGCGAUAGACUGGUGAUCAACUUAUUUGGCUCUCACUCGACACCGCCAUCACCGUCCCAAUUCGCAAAUCAAUGGGCCGAAAAGGCGCCUGACCGAUCGAUGCAGCGGCAGUUUGUCUUGUUGGCCGCGGCGCAGUCCCCCAAACGAGACGCAGACGAGAUGAAUCUGGCCCUGUCUUGUGUGGUAACCACCACCAACCUUUAUCGAUUUUCCCGUCUUCAGACCUUCACCUUGCAGCAACGAUGUGUUGCCAGACAUGGGCGCAGCAGCAAGAUGGGGGGGAGGGACACCGCGGAGACUGAAGGCAUCUCCAUCGCUCACCCCGUACUCUUCGGCGUCGUGUCCGUAGCCGUCAAACGAUACGACACGAUGCUGGCGCGGGAUUGUCCCGAUUUCGCCUUUACCCUGGUUCGUCAAGGUAACUUCAACUGCAAGUCUGAUGAACAUUUUGCCCACAGACUUCGCUUCCCUAACAUCUCCAACAACAUCGAACCAUCAAUAACCAUCCCACUUGCAGAUCACACUUGGGCUGGUAUUAUGCAGUCGAGUUUCAUCCCCGGCCCGUCUGCUAGAUGCAUAGAUGGUGGUUCAUAUCGUCUCCAAAAUACCACUGUUCAGGUUGCGUCGCCUUGCGUCUGGUUCGGACACACUUUUUCAACCUUCUUCCUUCUGCUUCGUCUCUGUGAGGCCAAUCCAAUGAUCGUGAUCCGCCAUCAUGGCAGAUCGCCAUCGCCUCCCUGCGAAUGGAGACCUGGCCUAAGGGGAAGCCAAUUAAAUGACCUUCAUUAUGCGUCCUUCCGUGGCCACCACCAUCCUGCGUACUGUAAGUACAUCACACCUUCGCGGGCUCGCGACCGCGACAAGGGCGAAUCUGUGGUGCGCCACGCAGGCGGCAGGUGGGCUGCAGAGAAGCGAACGAGCGAGUGGUCUGCUUUUGUUCUCCGCCUCUGUCUCUCCUCCUGCUCCUCCUUCUCCUCUUUCUCUCGGCCGAUUACUGGGCGAAUGCAGAGUGGAACCCGUGAUGGAGUUGGCGGGCAAAUCUGGCUCAAACAUCGGAGAAGCCUGCGUGUUAACGAACCAAAGCCUACUUUCGAUGAUUGGAUGUUCCAUUCAGCGAAUACAAGAGACGAGAAGGCCAUGAAACUCAAGCGGAGGGAAGCUGAUGUGACAUGUUUAGCAAACUUCGCCUCAAUACCUGACGGAUAUCGGUUCCGCGUACUAGUACAGUCGAUGACCCAAGCGAAUGACUACACGUCCGCGAUGAUCAAGACUUGGGGGCACGGGGAAUUUGAAUUCGCGGGGAUGUUUGAGCCGAGCUUGGCUGGAGAGAUGCGCCACGAGCAUGUUUCUGCAGCUUGCCGCAACACUCACUGGCCCUCAUUGGCGGUUGAGAGCAGGAAGCGUGUUGUACAAUGA